AUGUAUAUAAAGCUAGAAACCCUGAUAUAAUAACAAAUUUGUUUGCUGGUUAGAUAGCAAGUAAAUCACAUUGCUUAAAAUGUAAGGAAAUAAGUGAGGGUUUUGAUCCGAUUUUAGAUUUGAAUUUACCUCUAUCAAAAUAUUAUAUACCCAGAGAAUUUAAAUUAUAAGAUUGUCUAUAGAACUAUUUUAAAGAGGAGGAGAUAAAUAAUGCUUGGAAAUAUGAUAAAUGCUAAUUUAUUAAAAAAUCUGUUUUGAGGAAGAUUUAAAUCACUUAAACACCAAAAUAUCUUAUUCUACAUCUUAAACGAUUUGCUUAAUUCCCUAAGAGCCAAAAAAUUACUGAUGAAGUAACUUACCCAGAAAUUCUCGAUAUCAAAGGGUAUUAUUUUAUGAAUUAAUCUUUAGGUUUUGUGCAGAAAAUGUUGAAUAUACAAAAUAUGCUUUAAAGGGUGUAAUAUCCCAUAUGGGAUAAUUAAAUGGAGGAUAUUAUGUAGCAUAUGCUUAAAGAUAAAAUAUUUGGUAUUUCGAUGAUAAUAUUGUAACUAAAGAUAAAAUUGGUCAACAUCUCUAAGACAAGAGUGCUUACAUAAUUUUUUAUGAAUAACUAUGGAAAGAUGUGAAUUUUACUUUUCCCCUCUAAAAUUUAUACUUAGAACAACAAUUAAAAUAAAUAUUAUAUCAAAAAUUUAUUAAUUUUAUCAAAAAAAUAUAAUUUUAUUAAAUUCUAUGUUGUAGUUGA